AUGGCCAUCGCACCAUCGGAAAACGUGGCACAGGCCCAUGAUGCCGCUGAUUCCUACGGCAAUACGGUCGCUACGCCGACGUACGACGACGCGACGGCCGAACCCGAAGUCACGGGCGUCUUCAAACAUAUCGCCAAGGUCAUCCCCUACUUUCGCAACCCGCGCCAUGUGCUUGUCUUCAAGCUCGAUGUCUUCCUGCUUGCCUGGAUGUUCCUCGCCGGCAUCAUGAAGGAGAUGGACCAGAGCGCGACGACGCAGGCCUACGUCUCGGGUAUGCGCGAGUCGCUGUCGCUUUACGGCAACGAGCUCGUCCUCUUCAACACCUUUUUCAGCAUCGGCUACGCCAUCGGCCUCGUGCCGGGCCAGCUCAUCCAGACACGCUUGCGGCCGUCGCUCUUUCUGCCCUUCUGCGAGAUGGCCUGGGGCUUCUUUGUGCUCUUCACCUACAAGGCCAAAAGCGCCGAGACGGUCUACGCGCUGCGCUUUUUCCUCGGUCUGCUGUCGGCCGCCUUCUGGCCCUCGGUCGUCGCCCUCAUCUUCAACUGGUACACGCCGCGCGAGCUCGCCGUGCGCCUGGCCGUCUUCACCGUCUCGGACGUCGCAGGCGCCAUGUUCCUCGGUGCCCUUCAGGCCGCCCUUUACCGCAACAUGGACGGCGUCCACGGCCUGCAUGGUUGGCAGUGGCUCUUCGUCAUUGCCGGCGCCGCCACCAUCGGCCAGGGUCUCAUCGCCUUCUUCACGAUCCCCGACAGCCCGGCCAUCACGCGCGCCAUCUGGCUCUCCCCCGCCGAGCGCGUCCUUGCCCGCGACCGCAUGGCCUCGUUCGGCGCCAAGACGUCCUCGAUGCUGCGCCCGGCGGCCCUGCGCCGCAAGCUCCGCCAGAUCGUCGUCCACCCCGUCACCUACUUUUUCCUCUUCGCCUUUGCCCUCAACGCCUGGGCGCACCGCGCCAACGCCUACUUUGUCCUGUACCUCGAGUCGCUGACCAACGCCGACGGGUCCCGCCGCUACAGCGUCUACCAGGUCAACGUGCUGCCGCUCGGCGGCUACGCCCUGCAGAUCGUCACGACCGUCGGCCUCAACGCCCUCUCCGACUGGAAGCACUGGCGCUGGCAGGUCAGCAUCGGCAGCGCCGCCUUCCACGGCCUCUUCCUCGCCGUCCUCUGCGCCUGGCCGCCCAACGACCGCGUCGUCCUGAGCUUCUACUUCCUCACCUACGCCACCAAAGCCCGGAUCCCUCCUUCGCUCAUGGCCUGGUUCGCCGAGAUUUCUGCGCAAGGAGCCCCGAAGCACCGCGCCAUCAUCCAAAAUCUCGAGCUGGUUUUCGACGGCCCCCUGGGACACACAAUCAGCCUUUCCUGUCCCAUAUGUCCUACAGACUUCGAGGUGCGGUUUGAGGAAGAUGCUCAGGAAAAGACCCUGGUCAUUCAGACAUGGAAGGAUGCCGGUGAUAACUAUGGUGGGCCUACCCUCCCGGAUGCGUGGCUUGCCCGUGAACGGAAAGGGUUCAGGUUAAGCCGCUCUGGAAUUUUCAGAUGCGGAAAUGCCCGCAGCCUAUUCGAGAAUGGUGUUGAGCUUCCUCAGACGCCUCAGGUGCCUCAGAUGCCUCAGAUGCCUCAGAUGCCUCAGAUGCCUCAGACGCCUCAGACGCCGAAACUGUCAGAGCGAAUGCUUGAAAGGUUGCGGCACGGAGUAGCCCGGAUUGUUCAUUUUGCUCGUAGCUCGACAGUGCUGAACACUUGA